AGCUUGUCGCUUUGUUACUUCAGCGACUUUAGUUUGUUUACGUGGUUUACGUUGUUUGUCUUUCUGAACCUCGUACUGCUCGUAGUUCGUCAGCAUGUUCGCGUACGUUCGGUACGCGCAGGACGGGCAACGUGCCAUUCUUCCUGUUUCACUGAUAAAAGAGUUCAGUCCGGAGACACCAGGCGACUUCGACAAGUUGUCUAGGGUACAGGCGUAUUGGCGUGGCGAAGAUGGUGAAGACGAAGGCUACUACCCAGCCUUCGUGAACGAAAUGGCAGAGACCUUGGAUAGUUUGCACAUGACAUUGAAGCGUGGCAGGUCACCUUUGCCACGGAAUAUUUUGAGCAAGUCACACCAGCCAUCCAAGAAUCCCUCUGUUGCAAGCAAGGAUGCAAGGCAACUUAAGCGGAAGAGGAAGGCGGAGGCCCAACAUGCUCAGCUCUCAAGCAUUCUGUCAACUUUCAACCGAAAUGGCAAAGCAGCAGUGGAGUCUGCACCCAGUACAGCCAUGUCAAGUUGUGAGAAAAAUGUGGUGGGAGAUGGAGAAUUGGACCUCAAGGAGCUGUUGCGAGCCAAGGAAGAGGAGCUCAAGAUAGUAAAAGCGAAGCUCCGCAAGUCUGAAGCAACCUGCAAGCGCCUUCACCUGGCUCUACUUGACAAGAUUGAAAUCGCCAGGGAUAGGGCACUCAAAAAGCCUUGCUGCCAAACCCCCCUUGAAGGAGCUGUGGUGGCGGAAUUUAUUUCGUUGCCAUCAACUUCUACUGCAGGUCUUUCUCAAGGUGUGCUACAGGAGCUGGUGGCACUACCAUCAAAUGCAGGUUCCCUGCCGUACCAGCCGGCGACGCCUGCCGUGGUGGAGAGCCUUGCUGCAUCCCGUGGUGCCUUGCCAUCGCCGGAUAGCCUGCCUGUGGAGAUGCAGCAAGAGCCCCCACAUCCUUCCUCGGCCGCGAUGCUGCCAUCAUCACCAGGCUGUUCCUCGAAUGACGGAGGCAUGUGCUCUUCUAUCUUGCAAUUUUCAACCAAACUUUGUGCUGGACACUGGCUUUACGGUAGCACUUAG